AUGGCACCAAUACAUACCUUAAAUAGUGGAUCUACUGUUGCCGAAAAUUUUCAAGGGCGUGGAUAUAAAUUAGAUAGCACUAGAGAACGUGAGCUUGAAUCUGAACGUAAUGAGUUACUCAUUAAAACCGAAUUUUUUGCUAAUAAAUGUUCUGAUUUUAGAAAUGCCAAAGUGCUUGCAGAAACACGAUCAGAUGAACUUGCAAAAGAGUUGAAAUCAAAAAAUGAAAAAAUUUUACAUGACCAGACACUUAUCAAAGCGGGUUUUUGGGUCGAGGAGAGUAGUCAUCGCCCGGAGCUAGUGUCAAGACACAUAGUACCAUUAAACAGAUAUCGAAAAAGUGAUACGCAAAGACAUCAAAAAAGUGAUACGCAAAGGUUAGCAAAAAAGUGA